CCAACCAAUUGAGGGCUCGGCUAUCAGAGAAGCAACAUGGCGGGCGGAUCAGAAGACGUCUCUGCGUACAUCGAGCAAUUUCGGCUUAUCAAUGAGCCCACAAACCAUUGGGAUGCCAGGAAAAAGUUCUUGUUGAAUAACUGGGAUGAUUACCCUGAAAUGCAGUUAGUUUCAUUGUCUAUGGUUUGGGCUAAUAUGCAGUUUGAUGGCUGCAAAUACUCCCCUGAACUCAUGGACAGGGUGCAGGACAUGGCGGCAGGCAUCUCUGAUCAACCUACAAUUGCAUCUAGGAGGUCAUCGUCCAACGUAAGACCUCAAGGGCCUUCACUCGUAAUAGGAUCAUCAUGUCCAAUGCAAGAUCCAAAUGAGAAACACUCGCCCAACAGUGCUGCGAGCCAACAUCCUUUUUCACUAUCUGGUAUUGAAGGUGGUAGAAGCACUUCUGAGACAGGAUUACAGAAGCUUGCAAAAGGCAAGGAUGUCAGCGGAAAUGAUAUCACCAUCAGCAAAGACACACCUCUCAUUCCAAUCUGUCCAAGUGGUGAUCAACAAUUCCACCAGUUGAUUAGAAUAUGUAGCAGACUUAAAGAGAUAGAUUUGAAAGGUAGAACAGAUAAGCAGAUUAGAGCAGCACUCUUAAAUUUCCUUUGUAAACCACAGCAUCACAGCAGAUAUGAAUUUUGUCAAGUUGUUGGAAAACAGAAAGAGAAGGGAUGGAGGGCCUUUUUCAUUUUAGGUGAGGUACUUUGUUCAACUGGUGUUGAUAGUUCAAAGAAAGCAAGCAAGGAAAAGGCAUUGACAUUGUUUGAAACAUUAGUGAAAUAUCACCAAUUUAUAGCACUUCAAAAAAGUUGCUGUAAGGAAGCUAAUGAGCAUGGAAUUGUGUAUGAAUUGAUUUUUAUGGAUGAACGGCCAUUACAGAUGUGUACAACAAGCAUAGCCCAAGAUCUCAAUCAAGAACAGAGUGUAGAUUCAACUUCUUCUACCGUUGAAGAUAUUGAGAAAGACGAUAGGAAGGUCAUAUCUGCAGAAUCCAUCCUAGAAUCUUUGCCACAUCAAUUUGCAAACCAUAGUCUGAAUUCCUUCAUCAACCCAGCUCCCAAGAUACCUGGCUUUGUCUUGUAUGAGUCAAGAGAAGAUGAAGAGAAGCUUGGUGAUCAUACUAGUAAUCCUGUUUGUAAAGUUGUCAACUCGUGCUCUAUGUGUAAAGUACCUUGUGAGUUUAUGUCAAAAAGGUGUGAAAUUAGUCGAGGCAUUGAGGGAAUUGUUUGUACAGUGUUCAUCUGUCAUGAGAAUAUUGCCACGGGCCUUGCCUUUACGGUACGGCAUGCUAAGCAUCUUGCUGCUCACAAUGCUAUCAAGGCUCUAAAGAUGACCAACCCUGUCCUGGUGAAGACAUCUACAGGAGAUGGUACAUCCAUUGAGAGGGACGAGUUAGCAGGAGGGGGCGGUGCAUCUGCAUCCAAAGGAGAAAUGCUUCCAGAAACCAACGUUGGUCACAAGCUCUUGAAGAUGAUGGGUUGGAAGGGGGAUGGGGCUGGUUUAGGGAAAAGAGAAGAUGGAAGGGCAAUUCCUGUUGAAGCUACUGGUUCUGGCUCGAGAUCCAAGAAAGGGCUGGGUUGUGACACAGACUCCUUGCGAAACCCACAGACAAACAACCUGGAUGACCGCAAGGUUUUCAGAUUCCUGCAAGAUUUUGCCCAUUCAGAGCGGGAAGAUGAACUAGUCUUUAGCUCUGAGCUAAGUAAAGAUGACAGAAAAAAGUUACAUAGCAUAGCUUUAAAGCUUGGAUUAAAGAGCAAGUCAAGGGGUAAGAAUGAAUCAAGAUAUCUGAUCAUAGGUAGAAAGUGGAAUGUUGGUAACUUGGUUCAAGCAGUUGAAGAGAAAGGUGGUAGUAUGGGUGGCUAUCAGUUACAUGGUCCACCAAUGUAAGCUUUAGUAGAGGAUUUGCUGUUCCAAAUAAAUAGUCUUGUAAUAUUCAGUCCAUGUAAACACAUAUGUACAUGUAAUGUUUCAAUAAUCAAGACACCCAAGUGUGUUCUUCUAUUUAUAGUCAUUGUGCCUUUUAAUUCUGUAAAGUAAAAACAAUCGCAAGAUCCCUGUAUUGAUUGUUAGGUGGGUCUUUUUUCAGAAAUGUCUGAACUGCAUGUACUGGUACUUUGAUUAGAUUGGUGGGUUUAUAGAAAUCAACUGCUUUUACUUUUAACAUUGUUUGAUGUAUAAUUCUCAUGGAUUUACCAACAUUUCUAUUUUGGAUUACCCAAUGCUUAUGGUUCUGAGUUUCUUACCAAAGAAUUUCUUAAUAUUAACUUGAUUUUUUUUUCACCAAGUAGUCUGAUACAAAUGUAUGUGUUAUUUUCAUUAACUAAGUAGGAAGUACGGACGGGGUCAUUCAUUUUUUGUCUAGCAAGGGCUGAAACCACCUUAUUACACUACCUGUAACUUCAGUGUAGAUGUAUAAUGCGUCCCACAAAAAAAGAAACCAAGAUAUAUCCAUGAUUUAUCAUAACUUAAUCACAAAUACAUGUACAAUAGACAAAUAACCUACCAUUGUAAAGCUUAGAAUCUCCUCUUUCAUCUGAAAUUACUAAGAUUAUUUUUCAUUCACGCAUGAGUGAGCAAACACAAUUUCAAGAGGGCAUACCAAAUAGUCACUUGGCUGGCUGUAUCUGGGUUUCAAAAGAAAACCACAUUUCCAAAAGUUCAAUAUUUUAAGUUUAAUGAAUGACAUUACAGAAAAACAAGCAUUGUUUCAAGGAAACAUGACUUGUUUACUUCUUGAAAAUUUUCUGUGAUUGAGGUAUUAAAUAAAAGAGCAGAUUUUUGAACUUUCAAGGCAUGUGAUUUUCUUUUGAAAUUCAGAUGCCCCCCGCCAAAUGAGUUUUUGGUAUCAUUUAUUCAAAUUGUUUUUGCUCACAAUGAGGAAUAAUCAAAGUAAUAUCAGAAGAAAGAGGAGAUUCUAAGAUUUUCAUUGGAAGGUCAUUUGUCUAUUCUAUUUAUGAUUACCGUAGGUUGAUAAAUCAUCGCUAAAUCUCGGGUUUCAUUUUUUGUGGGAUGCACUGUACAUAAAAUUGGUGAAACAAAACUAUGAAAAUAUGUACGUGUACAUUAAUGAACUUUUCUACUUGCUAAUAGUUGCUAUUAUUAUUAAAGUGAUCCAUGUGGCCCAAUUUUCACUUGUAAUUGAAUCCAAGUCAAUUUACCGGUAUGUUUGCUAUUACAUGUAUUUUCAAGAAUCAGAAUUAUGUAAGGAAUUUGGGUCAAUAUCAGCAUUGGAUUUUUUUCUCAUGAAAUAAUCAUUUUGUUAUAGCAGUCUCUUAAAAGUUCCACUAGUAUUGUUGAAUAAAUUUGUAGUUUAAUUAUGUUGCCAUUUUCCUGAUUUCCUCAGAUGAAUCCCAUUUAUGAAAUAAAAGUUCUUCUAGUGUUUACCACAAAUGCAGUUUAGGACCCGGUUUCAAAAAGACUUACGAAUAUUACAUGUACGUUAACUUUGCCCAGAUCGUAAAGAAUUUAGCUUUUAUGGUACUACCAUGACAACAGGCAAUCACAGAGAGUUCCCAUUGUAGAAAACAACCAUAACAGCAAAAUUCUUUAUGAACGAGGCCUUGAUUUGUUGCUAGUUAAAUUACAUUCUUUUAAAAAAAUGUUUUUUAGUUUGCGGUAUUCAGUCUUUACAUUUUUAUCUUUGUUUUCGAAUGUGUAUGUUCAGAUUUUGCAUAAAAUGUUGCGAAAUGAA